AUGGUCCCACUGCAAGACAUGGGGAGUACGAGCGAUGUGAAGAAGGGAUACGUGGACACAGAGGCUGGACAAAUCCACUACCGCAGAUGCGGCCACGGCCCACCGUCCAUCCUGCUGCUGCACUCUGCCGCCCAGUCGUCCGCCAUGUUCACAUCCGCGCUAAAGAGAAUGGGGGCGGCCGGCCUGCACGCGGUAGCGCUGGAUCUGCCCAACAGCGGCGAGUCGUGCCGUGCUGCGUCAGCAAGUGCUGAUCCCACGCAAGCAGCUCAGCUCCCCAGUGGAGAGCUGACCAUGGUUGACGUGGCAAACCUUGUGCUGCAAGCUGCUCACGCGCUUCGAUUCUCGCCGCCGUUUGACAUUGUGGGUGUUGAUGAUGCGGCGGGGCACGAGGCGGGGCCCCAGCGGAGCUGCCACACAUCAUGCGCUGCUUUGUGCUCUGGGCCGUGCCAAUGCUCGCCCCCCUCAUCCUCCCCAUCCUCCCCACCCUCCGCUACUCCACAGGUGGGGCACGAGGCGGGGGCGACAGUGGCGAUCCACAUAGCGGCAGAGCUCCCACACAUCGUGCGCCGCCUGGUCCUGUGGGGCGUGCCCAUGCUGGGCUUCAUGGAGCGCGGCGACGCCCUGCGGGAGGAAACCCCCGACGGCCACUACGACUCCGACCUCCCCGCUGCCGUCACCACGUUCCUCCACCGCCGCUUCCCCGAGGGGGGCGUGCCGUGGCAGCUCAAGGUGCGCACGCUCAUUGACAUGCUGCAGACGUAUGAGCGGCGGCCAUGGCUGUCACGCGCCAUGGCUGUAGUGGAUCAUGCGGAGCUGCUGAAGCGCGUUCACACGCCCGUGCUCUGCAUGGCGGGGGAGAGCGAGCCGCUGCACAAGGCGACGAGAAAAGCCGCCCUGCUGUGCAAGAACGGCGAGUAUGUGGACAUGGGGGCGGCGGGGCGGGACGUGGUGGAUGAGUUGCCGGACGACUACACCAGCGUCGUACUGCAGUUCCUCUUCGGGGAACCUGGUCCGGCCGGACCUACGGAACGAGCCAGUUGUUCCGUGCCAGCUGCUGACGUGGCAGGGGCGGGCGGGGAUCGGCAGAUGUCAGACUCGGGAGGGCGGCCUCUGCAGAAGCACUUGUCGCACAGUGACGCACAGAUGGGGAGGGGACCAGCGCAGCACACACAUGCCCAUGCCCAUGCGCAUGCGCAAGAGCACGCACACGCACAUGCGCGGGGCGAGACAGAGCAGCGGGAGGGAGGAGGGGAGAUGCAGAUGCGGGAGGCGGGGCAGCAGGGGCGCAGCUACGGCACGAGCAGCAGCAGCAUGGCGUCGUCGCCUCCUGUGAUGGGCAGCAUGGCCUCGUCCCCCGUGACGGCCGUGUCCCCCAGCAGCCGGUCGAGUAAUGACAGUGAGGAGCGGCGCACGUCCGGGGAGAAGCGCACAAAGGACCGCAUCAAGUCGUUCUUCCGCGGGAAGAGCACCGCUUGA